AUGCUUCCAUUGUUACCCAUCCAGCCUGCUUUGGGGCCACUCUCUAAGCGACUAUCGCACCAUGCUCCUACUGGAAAAUCUCUCCCAACUCCCCCUUCACUAGGAAGCCCCGUUCCAGAUGAUCGCCAUGCAGUCUCGGUGCAGCUUCCUAUGUGGCAGGAUAUGCUGGGAAUGGUCACGCAGGAUCCCCGAGUGAUCAAGGUGCAGCAGAUUGGCUAUCCACGAUCCUUUCUCAACCAGGCUAUUGUCAAGGUAAACACGGCCUGCAUGGACCGUUUCGGGCUUCCUGAUGAAAAAUGCCUGGUUUUCACAGCAUUGAAUCAUGCAAUUGCAUGUCAAAUGAAAAUCAUCAGCCAGGUUCCCGAUGCUGGGGGUCAAGUUCGCAUUAUGGCAGUGGAUUUUGUAUUGGAUGAAAGUGCUGAUUCAUCCUCAUCACCACCAUCAUCUCUUACACCUCGGCGCUACUAUCUCGUCUUCUUCGCCGCCAAGUAUAACCCCAACGCCAUGAUUUUCUGGCGCCUUACGGGCACCGGUAUCUCGUCUCGCCUCGCAGAAAGUAUGCAUAAGCAUCUUGACAAGAUGUCUACUGCGACUGAUGCCGGCGACGGAAUUUUACAGACAAACCCGGAUCUCUGUCGCAGUCUCGUAGAUGCCGAGGCCAACAAUGCGGUGCAAUCUCGUAUCGUCGAACUUUUGCAGCGUGCAACCAAAAACAAAGAGGUUUCUUCUCGUAUCGCAUCAACAGAUGUCUUUCUCUAUCCCACGGGCAUGGCGGCCAUUUACAACACCAACAAGCUGCUCCGAGCCUGGCGGACAGGGGAAACUGUUGUCUUUGGAUUCCCAUACGAGCUCACACUCAAGAUGAUGCAAGACUACGCGUUCCAGUGCAAGUUUUACGGCUUUGGUACGCCAGACGAGCUGGAUGACUUUGAAGCCUACCUUGCUAGCGAACGAGCGCAGCAACGCAGCAUCCAGUCUGUCUGGUGCGAGGCGGCAUCCAACCCGCUGUUGAGAACAGUCGAUUUGCCGCGGAUCCGUCGUCUUGCAAAUGAAUAUGGCUUUGUGAUUGUAGUUGACGAAACCAUUGGCAGCUUUGCCAAUGUUGAUCUUGCCGGUGUGGCCGAUAUCCUCGUGACAUCCUUGACCAAGAGUUUCAGCGGCAAGGCCAAUGUCAUGGCGGGCAGUGUGGUGUUGGUUCCUACUAUGCCGUACUAUUCCCAGCUGAGAGAUAUGAUGCCCCAAGUCUAUGUCAACGAGCUGUUUGGUGCGGAUGCCCGUGUUCUGGAACGCAACAGCCGCGACUUUCUUUCCACUGCCAGCACAAUGAACCAGAAUGCCCAGCGUCUUGUGACUGCGCUCGCCCAUUUUGUCAACCUGCCUUCAAGCGUUCUCACUCAUGUCUAUUAUCCUUCUACGUGCUGGUCUCGCGCAAACUAUGAGGGGCUGAUGCGCCAUCCCACACCAGACUUUAGCCCUGGCUAUGGUGGUCUGUUCACGCUGGAGUUUGAGACCGUCAUUGCUGCCGCUACCUUUUUUGAUGCGCUGAAUGUGCACAAGGGGCCAUCAUUGGGAGCAUCUGUAACCCUGGCGCAGCCAUAUGUCCAGACGGUGUUUAUGCGCGAGAAGGCAUGGGCGGCUUCGUAUGGCCUCAAGGAGUCGAUUGUGCGUAUCUCGGUUGGUCUGGAGGAUGGACAGGCCUUGGAGCGUGAAUUUCUCAGGGCAUUGCGUGUUGCCAGCCGAUUCAAGGCGGGACGAGAGUUAAAGGAACACCGGGAGUAUUGCUUUUGA